AUGUUACAUCCAGAGUUUGUCAGAGGGAAAGUUAAUGAGCAAGUUACAGUAAAAAACGAGCUGAGAAAGCAGACUGCCCCCCUUUCCCACACGCGCUGCCAGCUCAGCGGCCAGUCAGCCUGGCCCGCACGCUCUCCCAAGGUGAUUGGCUGGCGAGGCCCGGGAGGCUGGUUCGGCUGGAAGGUAAAGCCGCUGGCGGGCGGCGCCCGCGCUGAGCAGAGCGCAGAGGAGCGGCCGGUGGGGCGCGGCAGACACUGGCCAGCAAUUCACCAAUUAGCGCGAACUUCAGAGUUCACCUCUACUGCUGACUUGGGCAAGCGGGGAGUGGCGGUCACUCGGGUGCGAUUCGCCAAUCAGCGCGGGUUUGAAGUUCGCCUAGGGGCGAGCCCGGAAGCCCGCAGCCUGUGCCUGAGCGCCUUUACGCCCACAGUCGGUGCGGUGAUGGCUGUGCCGGCGGGGGUCGCGCCCCGCGUGAGGAUGCAUGUCCUGCCUGCUUUCGACGCGUCCCUGAGCGAGCGGCUUCUACACCGCGGCCCCGAGUACCUGCGCCGGCACCUGGAAGCCCCGCGGCCAGCGCGCACGAGCGCGGUGGAGAGGCUGGCGGCCGACCGUGCCAAGUACGUGAAGAGCCAGCCGGUGAGCCGGAGGAACUCCCGCAACACUGGUGGCGGUGGCGGGGAGGAGAAGGCAGUGGGCUCCUCCCAGGCUCCCUCCUGCGCCCCGGCCCCGGCCCCGUGCCCUGUGCCUCGCAGGGCCAUUGCCCGGAGGCCCUUGAGGCCGGACUCACUGGUCAUCUACCGGCAGAAAUGUGAGUUUGUCAAAGGGUCGGGCCCCGACAGCUCCAGGGUGAGCUUGGUGAAGAAGUUCUUCCAAGGACCUGGCAGAGAUAAGACGUUGGUGCCCCCUGAGAUGCCUAAAGUAAGAGAAGAGGGCAAAACCGAGGGCAGUGAGGUCAGAACUCAGGGCGAGGGUGUGGCCCCUAGCAAGGCUGCAGUGAAUAGCGUGCUCUCUGACCCUGUUAUCAGUUCAGUGCCCUCUGCGCCAUCUGCACCCUCCCUAGAUGAGGGUGAACCCAGCAGAUGGCAAGCUGCGCCCCUUGGUUCUGAACUCCGAGAGGUGAAGCGCAGGGGCCUGCACCGCUCACAGUCGGACAUCAGUUCCCGCUACUCUAAGUCCUUUGCUGAGUUUGACACCUUUUUCCAGUACUGCGGCCUGGACCCUGAGGUGGUGGAAGAACUUGGCAGGGAGAACUUCUCUGCAGGAUCAGAUCACAUAGCCUACAAAGUCCGCAGUGUCAGCAUUGCCACUUCCGACAGCGGUUUCUCCCACCAAAGCGGUGGAGAGAACGGACUGCAGGAAGAUGAGCUGAUAGAACAAGUCCCCACCACCACCUCUGUCAUCGAGAAGAAUGCCCGCAUCAUCAAAUGGUUGUACACCUGUAAGAAGGCCAAGGAGACCCCCAGUAAGGGCCUAUAG